UGCUUUACACUUCUCAACUUGCAGCACCAAAUAGCAAGCCAAAAAAUGUGUGUCAUGUUUGAGAUUUCCCUGUCCCGGGUGACACAAAAUUAAAGUCAAUUUUGGAUAGUGUUUGCCUGCCUUCAAAGCCCCGAUGAUGGAAAGCGAGGAACAGCUGCAGCUGGAGCUGGACAGGAUUUCUGGAGCAACUCGCGAGGUUACCAACUUUGUUGAUCUUAUGGAACUUAGCAACAACUCGGAGCGUCUGAUUGCCAGUGUCAACUCAAGCCUGGAAGCCCUCAACUCCGCACUCGAUCACCUGGAGGAGCGAACGGAGAAUGUUCUCGUAGAGCUAAGGCGGCUAAUUGGCACGGAAUUGAGGGUGCAGAGUUCACAUGAUGGUUGCGGAGAUCCUGAUGCCAGGGUGUAGGCGGUGAACUCAAAGAAAAUUUACAAUUUAGUGAAAUAAAAUAUUAAAA